AAUGGCUCUUUCAAAAAUAGUUGGUGGGCAGCACAAUUCUCUGUUUCCACAGGUGCCCACAGUGCUUGUGUGUACACAGGCCAAGGGCACUCUGAAAUCUGGUGGGUGUACAAAAGAGGGUGACUAGAAAGAUGACACUUGUAUAUUUAUAUUUAAAUUAUUUUGGUAUGCCUUUCAGAGAGCAGACUUUGAUGACAACAGAGCUCAGUUAUUUUUGUACUGCUGUCUCCAGAGUUUGUUUCAAUAAAAUUCCCCUGGUUUCUAGUCAGCCUGUGCAGUGUCCUUAUGCCAGGGCAGGAACCUUUCCUCAACAGGGGACAGGAGUCUCUCCCACGUGAGCUUCCAAGUCAGAGGAAUGCUGCUGGAAGCUGGGGUGGCCAGGAGCCCAUGGAAAGAUCACUGCUUUGCCAAGGAAUUGACUAUCACCGUGCAGCAGGGUGUUGUUUUCCCAGGGGACACCCUGAAUGCGUAAUUCACUGCUGGAACAGCUUGCCCUGUGUCUGUGGCCCCUUUCCCUGCCCUUGCUGGGUCGGGAUGGCAGGUGUAGGUCAGCACUGGAGCCGGGCAGGAAAACAAGGCAGGAGCCAGCUGGAGAGGAGUGUUGGUGCCAGGCAGCUUUGUCUGGAGCUCGAGGGAAUGGAGCAAAGGUGGCUCCAGGGUGUCAGGAGCACUGGAAGUCGCUCUUGUGCAAGCCCCUCUGCCACCAUGGUGGGUCUGAAGCCCCCCGACGUGCCCCCGACGGCCGCCAUGAAGUUCAUCAGCGCGGGGAUGGCCGGCUGCAUCGCUGACCUGUGCACCUUUCCCCUGGACACCGCCAAAGUGCGGCUGCAGAUCCAGGGCGAGGUGAGGAUCCCCCGGACCAUCAGCUCUGUGGAGUACCGGGGUGUUGUGGGGACGCUGAGCACCAUGGUGAGGACAGAGGGAGCUCGCAGCCUCUACCGAGGGCUGGCGGCCGGGCUGCAGCGCCAGAUGAGCUUCGCCUCCAUUCGCAUCGGGCUCUACGACUCUGUGAAGCAGCUGUACACCCCCAAGGGUGCUGAGAACACAGGCAUGGGCACGCGGCUCCUGGCUGGCUGCACCACGGGGGCUGUGGCCGUGGCCUGUGCGCAGCCCACCGACGUGGUCAAGGUGCGGUUCCAGGCCAGCGCGGCCCUGUCGGACAGCGCGCCCCGCUACAGCAGCACUGUGGACGCCUACCGCACCAUCGCCAGGGAGGAGGGGAUCCGCGGGCUCUGGAGAGGGACGCUGCCCAACAUUGCCCGCAAUGCCGUCAUCAACUGCGGGGAGCUCGUCACCUACGACCUCAUCAAGGACGCGCUGCUGCGGGCACAGCUCAUGGCAGACAACGUCCCGUGCCACUUCGUGGCCGCCUUUGGCGCCGGGUUCUGUGCCACAGUGGUGGCAUCGCCGGUGGACGUGGUGAAGACGCGGUACAUGAACGCCAGCCCCGGGCAGUACCGCAACGCCCUGAGCUGCCUCCUGGCCCUGCUCACGCAGGAUGGCCCCGCCGGCCUCUACAAGGGCGCUGCUUUUGCCGACACAGCUUUGUCCCGUCCUUCCUGCGGCUGGGCUCCUGGAACGUGGUGAUGUUUGUGACGUACGAGCAGCUGCAGCGUGCCAUGGCGCUGGCACGGCCGGGCCUGGCCUGAGCCCCUCGGCGCCUCUCGCCCGCCCAGCCAGGCUCAGCAUCAAUCACGUUAAUUCAUCAAUUAUAUUAAUUGCCAAAGCGCCGGGGAGCAGCGGAGCCAAACACUCGGCGGGGGACCGGAGAGACAGAAGGAAAAAGGAUGCUGUUUGAGGAGAAAUGUGGGAGAACAGAGGCUUUCUGUGAAGAGUUUUAAGGGAUGAAGGAGAAAUUGUUUGCUGGCUUUCCAGCCGGGAAGAGCAGCACUUCCCAAGGGCAGUGGUGUGGGCAGACGGGACCAAGCUGGGGGCCAGGGAAUUCCCAUUAUUCCUUUCUGGCGCUUACAAUAAAUCGCCCCUAUGGGGUCUGAUCACA